AGAUGGUCAAAAACUGCUAAUGAUUCUAAUCUCGCUUGUGGUGGAAUAUUGUGGUUACGACGCCGGAUGCGUUUCUAGUUAAAUUGCACGCAACAAUCUGCUCUGCAGAUCAGAUCGCCUUUUAUUUCAACAGUGGCCAGUCGUACAAGACCUCUGUCUUCGUAGUCUCCUAUCUGUCAGCCAGUUUCUCGCCGCGUUUUCACACGUCCACGUGGACGACGACUGUGUCGCGUACGCGAAAUAGCUGCACAGCCAACGUACUUGUCACUCGUAGCUCAACGCGAUCGUCAACCGUAGCUCGCAAAUUAGCAAGAAAAGUGGUGAAUAAUUAACGACGACAUUGUAAGUAGUGGAGUUUCCAAUCGAAUUAUCUCGGUGGAAAGGAAGAAUGAGAUCCAUCAGCGUGCAAUUGUUCAUCGGCAUUGUCUUCCUUCUUCUCGUGGCUCGAUCGUCAGCAACGUUGACAAAAUUGACCACGUUGGACGAUGUGAUGCCCGAUAAGUGGAGGGUCGUGUCUUCUGGCCAACCUCCGCAAAUCGAGCUCCGCUUGUUCAAGAGUCACGCGCCGGAGGACAACACUUGGUCGAGCAGCAUGGAAUACACGAUCUCGCAGAGCACCGACGAGCCGGAAAACCAGGACGCGGAUAAGAAAGCGAAAAGCGCUAUGCCGAAAACGCAGCUCGGGUCUAGGCACAUCAUUCGAGGCGCCAGGUUCAGGUGUCCCACGGGCCAGCGAAGGGAUCACUUGGGAAAGUGCAGAGACGUCUUCGUGGUACCACUUCAAAACGAUGUAUAAGCGCAUUGGGCAAGAAACAGAGCAGAAGACACAGAGCCUCGUGAAAGUUCCAUCUUCCAUCGGCGAGUUUCUUUCUCCUCCUCAAAGUUUUCUCUUUAAAAAAAAGGAAGAGGACCUUCGAUGUUCUCUUCUUCCAACUUCUCUCACUUGUUACACGCUUACACGGACUCGGAUCGAUAUCUCAGUCGGGCUGAAGGAUCGUCAACGUGAUGCUGACGUAAUGAGACGAGAUAAAGCGAUUUUCGAAAGUAUCAACGGUAUCGUUGUAUUAUUUAUACGCCAAUGCGUCUGAUGGAUGUUAUUACGCGCGAUACUCAUCGAUUUUCAACUCUUUAUCUCGCGGCGCGAUAUAUCGGCCGAGCCAAUCCCUCUUCGCUUCUGCCACAGCGCGAUUUAUCGUUCACGGGAUUUUCGAAAUUCACCGUGAUUCAUAAAGUAAUAUUUCGCCUUCCAACUAUCCCGAUACGCUUUUACCCUGGUCGAAGGUCAGCGAUAUAUCACUAAGCAGCGUUCCUUACUUGCCGGCUCGAAUAAAUGCUCGCCCUGUUUUAUAUUUGAAGCAUGCAGAGCUCCGGCUAUAAAUUAGAUUUCCGCGUUUUAUAACGCGGCAUCACGUCGGCUUCACUUUUUCCGUCAAACACGACAUAAAUGUCCAAUGUGUUACGCGUGUUGUACCAAACGUUCCAUUAGCAUCGUGAUAAGGCUGCACUAUGGCGAUUUAUGCUGGUCGAAUUAGAAACGUAGUCCGCGUACUUCUACUAAGAUUAGAGAUGUCAUCAUACGUGCUCAUAUUUGUUAGUUAAAACAACCGUUUACCGGUUAGCCGUUGCGACCUGUUUGAGAAACGUAAGCGACGACGAGUAUACUCGUCAAAGAGCGCGAUUACUAAAUUGCAAUUUAAACAGCAAAUUGUAACUACUCUUUACGCGUGACGAGUAUAAAGAAAGCUACCUGGUUAAAAUAGCAAAUGGGUUUCCUAGCGUCUGGUAAAUUCCAUUUUCCGAUCCGAAUAUCUUGAAAAACAUGUAACGAUAGCAAAAAUAAUUGCGUUAAAAUUGCGCCGUGCUUCCUCGAAAUAUGACGCAAGGUAUAUGGAAAAUUGUAUGGGUAAACUGAGAGGCGAGAAAACUCGCGUGGAAGAUUCCUGCGAAUUUCCUACUGCGAAUGUUUAUGUCAAAGCUGUCGAUAAUUAGAGUUAGCUCCUCUUUCACAGAGAUUCGAGUUAGCCACGCUCGAUCGUGUUUUGUCUCGAACAAUUGUCGAAUGAAAAUGGCACCUCUGAAGGAGCCGGGGAGGUUCAAAAGAAGAGAAUUUCAAAAGACAUUACUCACCGAUGUAUAAGAUUCCAUCCAGGUCGAGGUUCUCGUUGCUGCCCUGACUAUUGACAGCUGUCACAUGGUCAUCGACAGCGAGCGUGUGUCUUUUCGGUGCUGGCCUUCCGAUGCUCACUGCGUGCCAUUUGCCGUCGUUCAGCCUGGACCUGGAAGUGUCCCUGACUCUGACCGGGCCGUCACCCAGGUCGAACACGUAAUGAAUGUGUCCGUUGACCAGCUCCACGGCGAUGAAGUCGCGUUCUCGACCGGCGUUGUACAGAAUUAGACCGUUCGCUUCGCGUGUUCUGAACUGCAAGGCGAGAAACAGCGUGUUAAUCGACUUAAACAAACGUAAGUUUCCCUUUGUAGUUCGUGGCCCUGCAUCUGCGACAGCUGCGACGACCAGCUCGCAAAUAAGAGAAUUUUGGACGGGAAAUGCAAGUGAAGUAUAAAUGAGAAAUAAGUAAGUGCUAGUGUGUACGCCACUUAAUGCGCGCUGUUGACGAAAGAAAGUGGAAGUUGAAAUUGGACCUGCUGUUAUGUUUGUAAAAUGUACGAAGCGUAGAAUUCAUGUCGAGGUGAAUUAAAAUAAAGAAUUGUUUCUAAAUGA